CGCCUGACCUGCCGAGCGGAGCGCAGUGCCUGCAGCCGCCGCGGGAGGCGACCUCGACAAGAUGAAGCUUAUCAUUCUGGACAACUAUUCACAGGCCAGCGAGUGGGCGGCCAAGUACAUCAGGAACCGCAUCAUCCAGUUUAACCCGGGGCCAGACAAGUACUUCACGCUGGGGCUGCCCACCGGGAGCACUCCACUUGGAUGCUAUAAGAAGCUAAUUGAAUACUACAAGAAUGGUGACCUGUCCUUUAAGUUUGUGAAAACCUUCAACAUGGAUGAGUACGUCGCCCUGCCUCGCGACCACCCAGAGAGUUAUCACUCCUUCAUGUGGAAUAACUUCUUCAAGCACAUUGACAUUCACCCUGAGAACACCCACAUUCUGGAUGGGAAUGCUGCUGACCUGCAGGCCGAGUGUGAUGCCUUUGAGGAAAAGAUCAAGGCCGCAGGUGGGAUCGAGCUCUUUGUUGGAGGCAUCGGCCCCGAUGGACACAUCGCCUUCAAUGAGCCAGGCUCUAGUCUCGUGUCCAGGACCCGGGUGAAGACACUAGCCAUGGACACCAUCCUGGCCAAUGCCAGGUUCUUCGAUGGAGAUCUGACCAAGGUGCCCACCAUGGCCCUGACGGUGGGCGUGGGCACCGUCAUGGAUGCCAGAGAGGUGAUGAUCCUCAUCACGGGCGCACACAAGGCCUUCGCGCUGUACAAGGCCAUCGAGGAGGGCGUGAACCACAUGUGGACAGUGUCUGCCUUCCAGCAGCACCCACGCACCGUGUUUGUGUGUGAUGAGGAUGCCACCUUGGAGCUGAAAGUGAAGACUGUCAAGUACUUCAAAGGUUUAAUGCUUGUUCAUAACAAGUUGGUAGACCCCUUGUACAGCAUCAAGGAGAAAGAAAUCGAGAAGAGCCAGUCUUCUAAGAAGCCGUACAGCGAUUAGUGUGUGCCUGGGACCUGCCAUGGCGUACCUUGCAGGGAGGAGUCUUUUAGAAAAUUGUCUGUAGAACAGAAUUGUCUUUCUUUAAUUCAGUUAUGCCAGUCCAGAUAAAUGAGCAAGUAUUCCAGUCUUGGCUCUGGAGCAAGGGACCUGGUCAUGGACUUCAGCCACAGGAAGAACAACCUGUUAAAUAGCAACGGAAGUCUCUGAAAAAUGUGUAGCCAUCAUUGUCUGCCACAGGCAGGUUGGGGGUAUCAUGGGGUUGGGCCCUGAGGAGCUGUAGCAGGCUGCUGAGCACCAGGCACUUCCUGCUUAGAAUCGGAGGCACUUUUGAAGCUCACUCCUCAUCUGAGAACCACUGUCCUAGAUUAAGGAACCAGCUCUUGCAGUAUCUGGAGUUGAGUUGCUCUGGUCAGACCAGGGCGCUGGAAAGAAAACUGUCUGCCUUUUCUUUAGCUCUCACAGCUGGCUCUUCGCAGACCUGGGCUCACAGUUCUGAGGAGGGUUCGAGCAAGAGGGGCUGAGGCGGUUACUUUUGAUGACAAAGCCAGAACCUCAACCACGUCAAACGUUUAAGGCCUUGCAGCAGACGGCCUGAAAACAGCGUCACAUUGAGCCAGGGGGAUGGGUUGCGAGCAGCUCAGUCUCCAUACAUUGGUGCUGUGCUCCCCUGAGGUGACUGCCAAGAGCAGCACCGAAUUUGUUUCCUAGCUUGUAGUCUGGCUCUUGAGCGCUGCGUUCUGAUGCUCUGAGAACCUUAGGAAGCAGCACCUGUGUGUCCCUUCAGACAUCUCCCUGAGCCCACGGCGUCCUGCCUGCCUCUGGUUGAGUGGAUGCUGCCUCCCGCCCCCUGGUUCUGGGCAUGUGCCAUGCUAUUGCUGUCUUUGUGGGAGAACUUUCAGGACCCGGCUUAGGCCUCAUCCUCCCAGUGCUGUUUGGUACUAGCCUUUUGUCUUUAGCCUUUAUCAUAUGCAGUUGUGCUAUUGUUCUGUUUUAAGCUCAUGAUCAAUUAACUUGUUUACACUGUGAUAUUUUCUAUUAAAUUCAGUAUUUUCAAAUAAAAUGGAACGUAUGGAUUUCAA